AUGAAGGUCGUUACCGAUUUUAUGGAGGAGGGGAAGGUUCUACCUUCGGGUUUACGAUUCUUUCCGACCGACGAAGAACUGAUCUGCGGUAAAUCACUCGUUGUGGAUGUCAUCACCGAGCUGGAUCUUUACAAAUUUGAUCCGGAGGAGUUGUCUAAGGUCCUCCACAAAGCAGAGAACGAAUGGACAGUGCAUGAAUACACCAUGGAUGAGAACGAGCUGAAAAUGUGCGAUACAAUAGAGUACUAUGCCUAUAUAAGCUCUUCAUUUGAUACGCGACCCCUUCCGGAGUGGAAAGACGAGUCUGUCAGUCUUCUGGUUGAUGAUGAAUACGGAGUUACUGAUGAUGAAAAUGAUCCACUUGUUGGGUUUGAGUUAUCUGAAGAUGACGUGGGUCAAGUCGGCCCAGAUGGAUAUGAAUAA